GCAUUCACAUAUAACAGCGCUUGCUUUUUUUACUCGCUCUGGUUUCACCAGCUGAUAAAGAAAUCGUUCGGAACUAUUCAUUAAACACAAGAAAAGUGGCGUCGCUGCCAUUACCAUAUGUUUCUCCGAUUUUAUGUGACGACACGGGUCUUUAACUGGAAAGUACGCAUGUGAAGACUUGCGUGCAUCUGCGAGCUAUUCCUAGGGUUAUUACAAAUAACAUUUGCAGAUCAGAGGAGACAACCCGCUUCGUCCUGCCGAAAGCGCUGUCCUGCGUUUUUCAUCGUGUUGUUUUAUUUUAGCAUAUGGACGUAUUUACUGAAAAAUAAGAUUAAACGGGGGCUCAUAAUUUCUACUGGAAUUUACCAUUUUUGACAGGCGACAUAUUUUAAUGCAAUUUGUUUGACGCAACAACUAUAGGAGGAACACCACCGUCAACUGAACAACUUCUCGAGUUAUUUUUUUAAAGCACGUUAACUUUCUCUCACCCGGGAAAAAAGGAGUAUUUUAACUGAGUUUUCGUGGAAGUGGCAUAGCGACUGAAGAUGGGGGUUUGUGGUCAUUUCGCGGUGUCGUGGAAAUGCCUCGUAGCGAUGGCCCUAAGACUGCUGUUUCUUAUACCUGCAGGAGUGCCCGCUCGGAGUGGAGAAUCGUCUUUUUCAAAACCCAUGGACAACGUCACCGUCAGACAAGGGGAGAGCGCUGUCUUGAAAUGCAUCACGGACAACAAAGUGUCGCGGGUGGCCUGGCUGAACCGGACCACCAUAUUGUUCGCCGGGCGUGACAAGUGGUCCUUAGACCCCCGCGUCAUCCUUCUGGAUAACACAGCCGUCACCGAGUACAGCAUAAAGAUCCAGAACGUGGACGUGCACGACGAGGGGCCGUACGUGUGCUCCGUCCUCACCAACAAGAAGCCCAAAUCCUCCAGAGUCCAUCUCAUUGUACAAGUUCCAGCAAGGAUCGUAAAUGUCUCCACUGACAUCACCGUCAACGAGGGCAGCAAUGUCACUCUGAUGUGUUUGGCCAUCGGAAGACCGGAGCCCACCAUCAUAUGGAAGCACCAUUUAAACAGAGGCCACAAAGUGAUGAGCGAAGGGGAGUACGUGGAGAUAACAGCGAUCACCAAAGAGCAGUCCGGCGUGUACGAAUGCAGCUCCAACAACGACGUGGCCGCCCCGGACGUGAGGACUGUGCAGGUCACCGUUAACUAUCCGCCCUACAUUCUGAAUGCGAGGAGUACAGGAGCGCCAGUCGGGCAGAAGGGAAUUCUGCAGUGCGAGGCGUCGGCCGUCCCCGUGGCAGACUUUGAGUGGUACAAAGAGGACCGCAGGCUCCUCAAUGGGCUUAACGGAGUAAAAAUUGAAACCAAAGGUAAACAAUCCAAGCUUGUCUUCUUCAAUGUGUCUGAAGAGGAUUAUGGGAACUACACCUGCGUGGCGCUGAACACCAUGGGACACACAAACGCAAGCAUAAUAUUGUAUGGGCCAGGAGCUGUCCAUGAUGUGAAUAGGGCAUCCCUGUCACCACAGUCUCUCCUGCUGCUCUGGACUGUAACAUUGCUGUACCUUUUCAAGUUUUGACGCAGCUGUGUCCACAGCCCAGCUACCCCUCAGCAUCACAGCACAACAGACUUUCUGUUUCGUCCCAGAACAGGAAAACCAACAACACAGAGCGUUCGAGUUUUUUUUA